GAUAAGCAAGCUUUGCUGCUCGCCUCUCCUAAUCAAGCCCCAACCCAACCUCGGUGGAAAAGCCCGCACCUUUUGCGCGAACUCCCCGUGCUUUCUUCCGUAUCAAAGCGAAUCCACCAGUUGCAUUGCAUCCGUCUACAUCUCGCCGCCGGUGAGCGCCGCUGAGCCAAAAACAGCCCCCCACCAACUCGCAAGUACAUACAUUUCGUCCCCGAACCGCGGAUUUGGGCAUGAACUCCAGAACUGUUUGGCUGCCACUGUAAGAGCACGGCGGCGCCCGACCUCCUCGUGCUCUCUCCUGUAUCCCGCUGCAUCUCGCCGCCGGUGAGCGCCGCUGUCGAGGUCACCUGCCCCACUCGCAGCCGCACGCCGUCGUCCCCGCCGGAUUCGCUCUCAUCCGCCGCAGCCUUUCGCCGGAUCCGCCCGCCUCUUGCCGCCUCAGCUGCAGAUCGAAUCCCGUGGCGCUGCCCCGGUCCGUCUCCGCCGCAGAUCCCGACCCCCAAGCCAGGGCCUUCGUCCACCUCCGGCGCCUUGCAAGACAAAAGAUCCCCCUAGAAGUACGAUAUGCUUAAAUAAUAAAGAUCGCCAGCAUGUCAAGGGUGCCAAAAUGGAAGAUUGAAAAGGCCAAAGUUAAAGUUGUAUUCCGGCUGCAAUUCCAUGCAACAAAUAUUCCAUCUACAGGAUGGGACAAGUUGUUUUUGUCCUUUAUCUCUGCUGAUACAGGAAAGGUAACUGCAAAAACAAAUAAAGCAAAUGUGAGGAAUGGAAGCUGUAAAUGGCCAGAUCCUAUUUAUGAAGCAACACGACUUCUUCAGGAUUCUAGGACUAAGACAUAUGAUGACAAGCUCUACAAGCUUGUUGUGGCCAUGGGGACUUCUCGAUCUAGUAUUCUUGGGGAGGUCGAUGUUAAUCUUGCCGAAUUUGCAGAAGCAGUGAAGCCUGUUUCAAUCACACUUCCUUUUCGUGGUUGCAACUUUGGAACAGUAUUACAUGUCACGGCACAACUGCUCAGCACCAAAACUGGCUUCAGGGAAUUUGAACAGCAAAGAGAAACUGGUGCCAGAAGUUCCCAGCAGCUAGUGAAUCAAAGAAGUCACGAUCCUUCUGAAGUUGCUGUUGCUUCAUCCAAUGUUGGUAGUGAUAAGGCUAACGCAAGGAAUAAGUUAAAAGAAACUUCUUUGGGGUUCCCUGUGGCCGAAGAUUCUGCGGGUUCAACCGAAGAUUAUGAAAAUUCAUCACAUAAUUCAGAUGGUUAUUUUGCCGAAAAGAAUGAUCCGUGUGGCAGUCAUGAAAUCAGUAGCUUUAGGAGCAUACACUCAGGUGAUUUACCACUUUGUCCGACAAGUCAAAGCCCUACACCAGAGAAGGGGCCAUUUCGGGGUAAGCGUCUUUCACCACAAGGGAGCAGUGAUUGGAGUCAUGGUUGGAGUCCUGAGUUCUCUGCCAGUCAUGAUCUUGCUGCUGCUCAUGACGAGAAUAAUCGACUCAAGUCCAGAUUGGAGGUGGCUGAGUCGGCCUUUUCUCAGCUCAAGUCAGAAGCAACAUCCCUGCAAGAUGUCACUGACAAAUUAGGCAGUGAAACGCAGGGCCUAGCUAACCAGCUUGCUGUUGAACUUAUGUCACGCAGCGAGCUCACUACUGAAGUAUCUUCCCUAAGGACAGAAUGUUCUAGUUUGAAAAGAGAGUUGGAAGAAAUGAAAUCUGCUAAACCCUUGCAGCAUAAGGCUGAUGGAGGAAAUGGUGUUCUUGCUACAGAUAGUUCAGUACAUAAUCUCCAAACAGAAUGGCUGCAAGGCUUGCUGCUUCUUGAAAGUAAACUGCAGCAGACCAGAAAUAAUGCUCUCCAUGGACUUCAAGCAAGUGAUCUUGAUUUCCUUCUUGCUGAUAUAGGGGCUCUUCAGCGUGUUAUUGAGAACCUCAAGCAAGGUGUUCAGCUUGGACAAAUGAAAGAAAAUAAUUAUCAAGAACAUUUGGCUCCACCAUCCAAUGUUGCCCAUCAAUCAAGCUCCGGACGUGAUCAUAAUUCCGACAAGAAAAACACUGGCAGUACAGCCACGAUGGAGGAAAAAAUGUGUGGGCUCUUGCAGAAGUUGGAGGACUCAAAAACUGAGAAGGAGAAUCUUCUGGAGAAGAUGAGCCAGAUUGAGCGCUACUACGAAUCUUUUAUCCACAAGCUUGAGGAAAGCCAGAAGCAGACAGCAAUUGAAUUGGAAAAUCUUAGGAAAGAACACAAUUCUUGUUUCUACACAGUUUCUGUCCUCCAAGCCCAGAAGCAGAAAAUGCAUGAGGAGAUGAAUGACCAGCUAAUGAGAUUUGCUGAGGACAGAACAGCUUUAGAAGCUCAAAAUAAGGAGUUCGAGAGGAGAGCUGUUGCUACGGAAACAGCACUUAAGAGGGUCCGAUGGAAUUAUUCUGCAGCUGUUGAUCGUCUACAGAAAGACCUUGAGUUGCUGUCCUUUCAGGUUCUCUCUAUGUAUGAGUCAAGUGAAACUCUUGCAAAGCAACCCAUUGUAGAAGAUGCUGAGCAUUUUCCUGAAGAGCAUUCUGCAAUAGCAGAUUUAAGCGGUACUAUAGAACAUGACCAAGACAGGCCUGUUGUCAAACAACGGGGAACUGAAGGUCUUCAUGAGGCAACUGCAUCUCAAAUGUUUUCAACUGAAAAUGGCACAUCACUUAGUUUUAGCUACAAAAUGGAUGACCAGCAAAACCUCCUUCGGGCUGCCAAAAUUGAAGAACUUCGUAGCAGAUCUGAAGUCAUAUGUAAUCCUGAUUCACAGGUGAACUGCUCCAACACCGAAGGACCAAAAGAUGCUUCUUCCACAAUGGAAUCUGAUAUUUUAGAAACGUACGCUGUUAACAUUCAGUGGCAGGUGUUCUCUGAUGUGCUACGGGAAUCUCACUAUACUGCACUGGAUAUGAUUAAGCAAAUGCAGGGAAGGCUAUACGUGCUAGAAAAAGAACUCCAUGACUCUAAUGAUGCUAGGGAGUCUUUAAUGCUCAAGUUAAACUCUGCACUGGACCAAUCAAAAAGUUUGAAAGAAAGUGAAUCAGGAUACAUUUUCAAGUGUGAUGAUCUGACAGUGAAGAACCAAAUAUUAGAAGCAAAGCUCCAAGAUAUUUCAGUUGAAAAUGCUUUACUUAUGGAAAGGCUUGUGGUAUCUGAAACACUUGUUGAGGAACAUAAAACUUGUGAAAGCAAGUACAAUGCCUGCACUGAAGAAAGGAAGAGAUUUGAGAACCUUUUAAUGAAAGAAAGUCAGCAAACUAGUCAGCUUAAGGAUGAGCUCAGAUCAGUAAUGGAAGAUUUUGAGGCAGUGAAAGAUGAAUUACGUAAGCAGUCCUCCUUAAUCAGUGAGCAGCAAAUUGUUUCUACAUCACUUCAAGAGCAACUGAGCAUCCUAUGCUCUAAACUUAUUUCUUUGAGCAAGGACAUCGACAUUCCAUGCUUGGAUGACGUAUCUUUGCUACAUGAACUUGAGAACAAGAAUUAUGCUGCUGUCAUAGCAAGCUUGGAAUUCUUCCAGCAGCAAGCAUGCCAGAAGGUGCUUCAUCUCCAUCACGAAAAGGACGCAUUGGAAGAAAUGUGCGAUUUUCUCCGGAAGAGAUCAGACAAGUCUGAAACAGAAUUGCUUGAUGUGAAGCAGAAGUUUCAUUGUGAUAUGGCUGGAACAGAAGAAAAGUUGAAUAUUUCUGAGGGACAUGUAGAGAAGCUUCAGCAGGAACUGCAGGAAAUGGUACAUAAAUUUGAGAUAAUCUCAGAGGCUCAAGAACAACACUCAAUCAGCAAUGGUGACUUAACAUCAAAGUUGGCAAAAAUGGAAGUUGAGCUGCGGAUUGUCACCAGUGAGAAUGAGACUCUUGUUGAAAAGAUGAAAGACAUUGCUGCUGUUGUUCAGGAACUUGAGAGGACCAAAAUAACUCUUGCAGAAUCCGACGAAGAUAACAAAACUUUGGCCGAGUCUCUACAGUCUAAAGACGAACUGUUGAUGCACAUGGAAAAUGAAAUCAGAGGUUUGCAAAAUUGUCUGAGCUGUACCGAGGGAAAUUUGCUAAGAGAAAAGACAACGAGGGAAGAUCUUGAAUCUGCCCUCGCAAGUCUUACAUCUCAACUUAGUGAGAAGGAUCAGGUCCUGCUAUCUUAUAAUGAGGACAAAACAGAGUUACUUCAUCUGAGGGACCAGAUUUCGGACAUGAGUAAAGAAAACAGUUUGAUGCAAGAUGCUCUUUCAGAAAGUGAGCAAAUCAAAAGGGACCUCAGUUGUAAGAAUUGCUCUCUUCAGUCCCAGCUCGCCAAUGCUGAAAAUCAGUUAGGAACAAUUCUGGAGGACUUUCUUGCCACUGAAAUUGAAGCUAGUUGCAUGAGAAGUCAGGUUGAGGAGGUUGCUGUGCAACUUGAAUACUUAAAAAAUGAUUUUGGGAAGCUUCAGCUUAAGAACAAAGAUGCUGACGAGUUAUUAAGGGCGCACAUGUUGACUGUAGCAGAAUUAACUGACAGAAAUGCCACACUUGAAUCAGCUAUCCAUUCUCAAGAAAUCAACUUUGCCAGGGUUAUUCAAGAGAAGGAAGGGCUUGAAGAGCUUAUAAAAAGAAAUGAACAGACAUUGGCUCAGGUUAGCAAUAGUGAGUCUCGAGAUACAUCAGUAUCAAUUAAUAACAGUGAGGCAGAAUUGAAGUAUCAAGAUGAGAUUGUGCAGCUUAGAGCCGUGCAGACAAAUCUUGAGGAGCAUGUUGAUGGUUUGAGAUCAGCGAAAGAUGAAGUUGAAAUUCUAAACGUGGUUCUGAAAUCAAAAUUGGAGGAACACCAUACUGAGGCGUCAUCACUGCUACAGGAUUCUGGAUAUCAGUUGACAAAUUUAAAAGAACAGAACAAAGAGCUUACGCAGAAACUUGCUGAACAAACUCUGAAGGCAGAAGAGUUCAAGAACCUGUCUAUCCAGUUGAGAGAGCUAAAAGAAAAGGCUGAAGCUGGGAAAAAGGAGAAAGAGGGGUCGUUGUUCGCCAUACAAGAUUCCCUUAGAAUUGCAUUUAUCAAAGAGCAAUAUGAAUCAAAGGUUCAAGAGCUUAAAAGUCAGGUGUUUGUCUCUAAAAAGUAUUCUGAAGAGAUGUUACUGAAGUUACAAAGUGCUUUGGACGAGGUUGAAACUGGGAGGAAAAACGAGAUUGCUCUGGCUAAAAGAAUUGAAGAGCUAUCAAUGAAAGUUUCUGAACUGGAGGUGGAGAUGCAGGAUUUAUCUGCUGAUAAAAGAGAGUUGUCUAAUGCAUAUGACAGCAUAAUGACGGACUUGGAAUGCACAAAACUGAACUUCGAUUGCUGUAAAGAAGAAAAGCAGAGGAUUGAGGUCUCUCUUCAGGAGUGCAGUGAGGAACGCAAUAGAAUAAGGGUGGAGCUUGACUUAGUGAAAAAGUUGCUGGAGAAUAUGGCAUUAACCGACCAUGUCGCGUCACCUGAUAAUUCUGGAUCACGCAUCCCUCGUGCCACAUCUAUCGGGCAAAUUCUGGGAGAUGUUAAAUCUGGGUCUGCACCAGAGUUAAUACCAAAACUAACAGAAGUUGAUUCAGAAUUACAGGAAGAUGAAGGUGAAAUCCAUAGCACACAUAUUUCAUCAAAUGUAGCAGAAUCAGAAGAUGUUGGUAAGUCUGAUGAGCAUCCACAUGCCAAGCAUGCACCGACAAAGAACUUGGAGAACUGCCAUAAGCAAUCUGAGGAAUCAUUGGAGGAUCAUCCAACUGUCGACAAUACCAUCAAAGAUAUUUCUAAAGAGCAUAAGAAAUUGGCAAAUGACUUGAAUCUUUUCCAGAAAGAGCUGGAAAGACUUAAAAAUGAGAAUUCAUCCCCUCUUCUUCCCCUUGACAUUAAUCUUAUUGAUCCGUCGCUCAGUGGUUUGGAAAGGGCGUUAUCACAGCUUGAUAUGGCAAAUGAACAUUUGCGAAGCAUUUUCCCUUCAUUUAAAGAGCUUCCUGGUUCUGGAAAUGCCUUGGAAAGAGUACUUGCUUUGGAGCUUGAGUUGGCGGAAGCGCUGCAAACAAAGAAGAAGACGGACAUCCUUUUCCAGAGCUCAUUCUUGAAGCAACACAACGACGAAUCAGCGGUGUUCCAAAGCUUCAGGGACAUCAAUGAGCUGAUACAGGAUACAAUCGAGUUGAGGAGAAAACAAGUGGCUGUCGAGAGCGAGUUGGAGGAAAUGCACGGCAGGUACUCGGAGCUCAGCUUGCAGUUUGCCGAGGUGGAAGGCGAACGACAGAAACUCGCAAUGACCCUGAAAGCCCGGUCACCCAGGAAAUAAUAGGAGGAAAUGAAAGAAGAAGAAAUGUUAGCUGGUCGGUAUUCUUCUUUUGCUGCGGGGAAGAAAUACAUUUUGUAAUGUAAAUCAUCAUGUGUGUGUGAUAUAGUUCAUAAAGAUGCAACAUCUGAUCUGUGUACAGGCCCUCCAUCAACUAAUUAAUUGUUAAUAUGGCGACAUCCGCUGACUGCUGCGUCUCAGCAGUUUUUAGAGGGUGACUUGAAUUGCUUUGCUGUUCUUAUUAAUUUUUGACAGAAUGUGAGAUCGAGAUACUACCAGCAUUCUUUCCCA